UUGGUCGUAUUCCUCCUCCACUGACACCACGCAGCAAACGGAUUCCAGUUCUCAUCGUUACCCACUCACUCCCAACCCUCCUCCUCCCGCGUUAUACGGCCCUUCAAACGAAGACACAAAAACAAGGGGGAGUUUUUGCAGCUCUGCGUGACAUUAUUAUUAUUCGCCCCAAGACGCCGGCCGGUGAUGUCCUCCAAUUUUCCAAAUUUCGCCACGACCGCUGGGUUCGUGCGCGGCGUCGGACCCCACCAGGGUGGUGGUAGUGGUCGUGGCGGUAGCGGCAGCGGCGGCCAAUUUACCAGCCGCUCCUUCGCCGGACUCGACAGCAGCCAGCCGCGAAGUGAACGAGGGACGUGGAGCAAAUCGAGCGUGCCCGGCGUUGUCGGCAGGAGAAGCGCCCUCCUCCUGGGCUACCGGGGUGGUGGCGGUGGCGGUGGUGGCUCUGCGUACACCGGUGGCUCUGCGUACACCGGUGGCUCUGCGUACACCGGUGGCUCUGCGUACACCGGUGGCUCUGCGUACACCGGCGGCUAUGGAAGGGGCUCGUCGAACGUACGCGCGCGCGUUCCCGUCGCCGUCGUGGAGAUCGACCGCUCCGUCCUGCCGAUUCGGGCCCAGGAGAAGGAGGAAAUUAAGAUGCUCAACAAUCGAUUUGCAAACUUCAUUGAUAAGGUGCGCAUCCUUGAACAGCAGAACAAGGUGUUGGAGGCGCAGUGGUAUGUGCUGCAGGAUAAGGGAAAGGUCGACUGUAACAUGGACGAGUUGUUCGAAGUCUACAUCGAGGAACUGAGGAGACAGCUGCAGAGUCUGGGUCAUAAUGGAGCCAGAAUGAACAGUGACCUGCAAAUGAUAAAGCAUGCCGGCAAGGACUUCAGCAGCAAAUAUCAAGUGGAAGUUGCUACUCGUAAGAAAAAGGUGGAAGAACAUGAACUGGUGAAGAAGGAAGCUGUUGAAGCUAGCUUUGUCAAAAUUGAGCUUGAAGCCAAAAUUCAGGGUCUUAUUGAGGACAUACAUUUUCUCAGGGAAGCCUUCGCACAGGAGCUACGCGAGUUGGAGGCGCAGAUCAAGAACACCAAUGUUCUCGUAGAGAUCGACAACAGGCGGAGCCUGGACAUGGAUGGGAUUAUUUCUGAAGUACGAAAGCAGUACGAGUUCAUCAUGUCCCAAAGCCAAGCUGAAGCGGAAGCAAUAUACAAGCAGAAGUUUGACAAACUCCGCUCAGAGAGCGAUCGAAGUGGCGAGGAGCUGCGCAAAGCCAAGACCGAAAUCAACGACAUAAAACGUCAGAUCCACCAGAUCAAUUCGGAACUCGACAUCUUGAAAAAGCAGCGAGAGAAACUGGAGGCGGCAAUUUCUGAGCGAGAGGAAGGCGGUGCGAAGAACAUCGGCGAGGCAAAGGCAGCCGUAGCAAAGCUGGAAGAGGCCCUGGCAACAGCCAAGCAUGACAUGGUCAAGCACGUGCGCGACUUCACGGAUUUAAUGAACAUCAAACUGGCCCUGGACACGGAGAUCUUGACCUACCGCAAGCUUCUGGAGGGAGAGGAAGCUAGGCUCAAUAUAUUUGCAUCACGCGGGGGAGGCGGCGUUGCCUCAUCCUCACCGGAGCCCGGCGGGGGUGUGAGAGAAAGACGAGGUGGGAGCUAUGGGCAACAUAUUGGCGGCAGACACGGCAAAGAUUCGAAAAGCAACAGCAGCAGCAGCAACAACAACAAUGCGUACGACUCUCUGGACAACGGGGUAUUUGAAGCAAGCGCAAGAAUGAACGGAACCCUUGGAAGAAGCGUGACAGUGGCCAGCGAACCACCAGAACAAGAGUUCAGAAAAACGGUGGUGAUCAAGACCAUCGAGACCAAGAAUGGCCGAGUGGUCUCCGAAUCAUCCGCAGUGAUUCUAGACUAGAAGUUCUAGCGGCUCUGGGUCAUUUAAAAUCGAUUCUGGCCCCAGGAAUGGCUCAUUGUUGAAACGAAAAUGUUUAUUGGGAUUAUAAAAUACAGGUAUGCAAGGUCAAUCGUGAUUAGAAGGCAAAGGGGGGUGAGAGGUUAUAAAACACCACGAUCGUUUCACAAUCUUGCAAUGCAGGCAAGUGACCACAAUAUAGUGUCGAGACUUGCCUUUUACGGGGUAUUUUCUUAACAAAUGGCCAUAUAUAGUAGUUCCGUAAUUCUGUACAGAGACGCUCCAUAUACGGCAGGAUGCUAUUGGUGGAUGUAAUGUGUUUGCCCUGCGACUUUCAAUUGGUAGUCUGAUGUGGAGGGGGAGGGUAAAGACGAGAGUUUGGCACAGGUGUUGCUCAAUAUUAUUUAUUAAACUGCUCAUCCCAUGAUUUUCGAUCCACGUCACCACGGGAACUUCAACUGCUGCCGUUUUUGGUUGAUAAUUCCCAAUUUUCCAUGGAUCAGCUCAUUCUAAUAAACGUGUAAGCCGAGUGAAAAUAUCGUCGAAUGGUUGUACAAAAACGGUGUACCCUCUUUGGUCGCAGACAUCUUUUCGUGGCCAGAUGGACAUUGUUGCCAAAUCAGGAAGCUUUAUUCUUCACUCUUUAGGGGGUGGUAUCUGUUUUGUAUAAAAAUGCGAUGUAGAAUUCAUAAAAGCAUACGGGGUGUUUUUUUUAUUAGAAGCAAAGUGAGAGAUUUGGCAUUUAAGCAGUUUGAUGGAUGUAGCCUGUCCAACAACCGCCACGAUGUUACUGCAGACGGUUGUGGUUGUGGUGCCGUUUUUCAAGUUGUACCGCUGCUCUCGUCGUUUCGGGCUUUUGUGUUGCAUUGCUUUUCGCGCCGCAUUCUGGGAGUUUGUUCACGAAACAGAUUUGCAAUUCCCGAAAGCUUCCAGCACGCCUCGGUAAACGAUACCGCACUGUUGUGUUUACCAAAAUGACCAAGCCCAUUUGAUCCUUUUUCGCGAUUAAAAACGU